UGGUGGUGGGGGGGGGGUGAGGUGCCGAGGGUUGGGCAGGGGGGCGGGUUUCCGUACUGUGGGCUGUUGAUUGAUUGUGGGACGCUGGCGGUUGCGAAGGGGAGAGAGGGUGUCAAAGAGAGUGGUAUGUGGUUCACUGACUGGCUGUUUUUGCCCUUGGGGGGUGGGAGAGGUUGCUGACGAGGAGGGUGUAGGCAUCUUCAACUCCCUGACGGUUGAGUAUUCGCGCUGUCCUGGGAGGAACUUCAAGCGCAAGGUUAUCAACACCUUCAAGAUCCAAUCCCACCUCAUGUUCUUCGACACAUCACACAACUCGCGCCGUGGGGUACUCGCCAACAUAUACUCAGCCUUUAUCGAGACAGCGACCAAGAUGUGGGCUUAUGCCCGUUGCCUGGCGAGUCGGCCUGGCACGGCGGUAUUGAUCGAUACAAUCAAGACGCUGAUCGACGUGGCGUUUGUGCUGCUGACAAGCCGGGUCAGGAGGGAGCGGUACCCGGGGUAUGUGUGCAGUGUCAAGAAGGAGGAGGUUGCCUGGCUCGCCAUGGUGGCCUGCAGACAGGUGCUGGUGAGGAAACAGGCGGGUUAUCGGGAUGUAAUUGCGUGGCUGGAGGGGGAGACCCGGGAGCGCUCUGCUCGGAAGGGGUUGGAUGUUGAGGUAUUGGUUGGUGUUGCGAAGGAUGGUGGGUUGGUGUUUCGUCGGGUUGCCGAUGGGGGAGGCCGUUGAGUUCAACGCAGUGUAAAGCUAAUGUGUGUUUCGAAUCAAGUACUGGAGCACCCUUGAGGAAGAGUGAAUCAGUUGAUCACUUCACAAGACUUGUGUGAAAAAGACCUAGUCCAAAAACGCCGAAGAGGAUACUGUGUAAGUGCCAAAAAGUGCAAAAUGAAUGCCCGGUGACGGACCGAACCGUCAAGGUGUGCAUACAGAAGAGGGAAAUCCAAUCAUAGUAUCCAAGUCAAAC